GUUUGGGCCUGGUCCUGUUGCCAGGCGACGGCGCUGCAGGAUCGUUCGUGGGCUGUUCCCCACGGCUCAUGAGAAGGACUUGGCUUCGCUGCGUCUUGAUCACCCUGAUGGUUCCCGGUGUCCGUGUAGUACCGAGUUUUCAGCGGCUCCCUUGUGUUCGCUCCCCGCCACUGGCCUCAUCCCGCCUGGGCCUGGGCCUGGGGCUGGGCCUCAGAGCAGAGUCAGGUGGUUUUAGGCAAAGAAACUUGCCGAAAGUCGUCAGCGAAACCCGAAUGAAUAAGAUGACCAUGAAGAAUUCUGCAAAACCAGCUCAGGCACCUCUGGGACCUGUGAAACUCGAUAAAAAUGGCUCUGUUUUAGUUGCUAUUCACGCUAAACCUGGAGCCAAACAAAAUGCCAUAACUGAUGUGUCAGAAGAAGCUGUGGGUGUGGCCAUCGCAGCCCCCCCAUCUGAUGGCGAGGCCAAUGUGGAACUAGUGUGCUAUCUGGCCAAAGUGCUGGCACUAAAGAAAAGUGAAGUCAUCCUGGAGAAGAUCACGUCAGAAAGUAGUGAAGAUUCUGGCCUUAUUGACCCCAGAGGAAGUGCAAGAAAGACUCAGGACUGCAGUUACUACAAGCUAGUGUAAGAAGCAGGACCUUGAAGCAGAGGAGCAACCUGGAUAAUGAUUUCAGAACCAGACAAUUAAAUGAAAACUUUGCUGUCUAAAGAAAAUGUGUCUGAGAUAUGUGCUCAAUUUAUCUCAUCAGAAGUUUCAUCCGAUGAAUCUUGGCUAACUCUGAUGCUAACCAUCAAAUCCAGGUGUGAACAAUUCCAGGUAUAGCUGAUUGUUUGUUUGUUUUAUUUUAAUUUAUGAAUUUGGAACUAUUUGGUUAUUUAACUGCUCAUGACUGUGCAUUAAUUCUUGCAUUGCUCAGGAUUACUUGUGUGGGAACUCAUGUGCACAGACUUCAAUUCUUCUUAAUUAAAAAUCAUUGUUCAUGAUGGGGUUAAUGAUAGUUCAUGUUCCAGAUUGGUUAAUAUUUCAAUGACCCCAUCUGUGUGAUUCACUGGUUCAGCUGUGUGAUGGAAAAUGCCAUGACAGUACAGUCAGAGCAGGAAGUUCUCAGCCAGCUCUCCCAACAGAUGAUUAACAGUGUGGUGAUCACAUUGACAUCCAUGUGACACUGGCUGCAGAGUGGCUCUGGUUUGUGCCCUCAUAGCAAGUUAGUGCUCUUCAGUCAUCUGAAAGGUGACAUUCACUGUAUAAUUUCAAGUAUUUUCCUCUGUGAACGUUGAUGUGUUUGGGAACUGAGUAGACCAGCUGGUUAGAGAACAAAACUAAAAUCGUUGGAAGAAUGCUGAGCCUCAGGCAGCCGUGCACGUUAAAUUAAUCAAGAAUUUGGCUCAAUUAGAAGUGGUUGCAAUUGCAGAAAUAUCUUGGGUUAUUGAAAUUCAUUUACUGCUAUCAUAAUCUGGUGACUAUGAACAUAAUUAUAUUUUAGGAAAUGGUAGUUUUCAUGAAAUGUUUCACGAAGCAGUGUUAGUCAUUGGUAAGCAUUAGAUUUUACAGUAUUGCCUUUUGAAAUGCUGAAGAGUGUACUUUUCAGAUCAGAGCCUGUCUGAGUGACUUUGUCUGAUUGCAAGCUGAACAAUCAUGGAAUGGUGGUUUUGCACAUGGCUGUGCACACACCUGUUCUCCUGUUCUGAGAUUUAUUGUUUAUGUAGGGUCAUCUAGUAGUUUUGUUUCUCCUUUCAAUUUUUAUUUACUGUGCCACUGAGUUUUUUGUUUAGUCAUCACGGCAGACUUCAAUUUCUUCAGUGCAAAGUUUUAAAAACGUGUGCCUGUUUAUUUUUGGAAUUUCAUGUUCACAGAAUCCUUACAGUGUGAAAAAGAGGCCAUUCAGCCCAUUAAUUAGUCUUCACUUUAAGAAUAUUGUGACACAAUGGAAGGGUUUGGAAGCUGAUUUAACUGUAGGGCAUGAAUGUUCCCUCCAUGGCCAUGAUUAACUGAUGUGGUUUUACAGAAUGAUGUUCAGAAAAAUCUGUAUCAUCAAUUAUUUCAGCUGUUAAGAGAUGUAAUGCUGUAGCCUGAUUUGCUGCAUUUUCUGGCAGCAGCUGCAGAGGGUGCCAGAGUCCAGGAGAGGCAAUGAAGAGCAGUGACUGUGUGAAGCAACAUGAGAUUCAUGAUGUCUCCAAACAACCGCGGGCAAAGGUGCCCUCGGUCAGUGACCGAGAUAACAGAUGAGCUUCUUAAUCUUCACUGUAAUGUGUGCCAAAAUGGAAAUAAAUUACUUUUGUUUGAACUAC